AUGCAGUUUAAGAUGGAAGAGUGUCAAUCUAUAGUACAAAUGAAACAGUUUGGCAUCAAUUAUCCUCAAGUACGUAAAGAUGAAAACAUUGUUGAGGAACACUUCGGUGUGCAGGUUCGUGACCCAUACAGAUGGUUGGAAGACCCUGACUCUUCACAGACCAAGGCUUUCGUUAAAGAUCAAAAUAUUAUAACACAUAAGUUUCUUAGUUUAUGUCCGUACACUUCUAAAAUUAGAGACCGAUUAACGACCAUCUGGGAUUAUGAAAAAUACUCUUGUCCAAUAAAAUAUGGCUCUUUUUACUACAUAUGGCAUAACAGUGGAUUACAGAAUCAAAGUGUUCUUUACCAAAUGACUUCACUAUCGGGACCCACGAAGAAGUUUCUAGAUCUCAACGAAGUUGACCCAGAAGGUCUUACAUCUCUAAGGAACUGCAGUUUUUCACCAGAAGGAACCUAUUUUUGUUAUGGUAUCAGUUUUGGGGGUUCCGACUGGUCUGAACUUAAGUUUAAAAACUGUGAGACAGGGGAAGACUUACCAGAUGUUUUGCGACAAGUAAAAUUCAGCUCCAUUUCAUGGACAAAGGAUGAAAAAGGUGUAUUUUACUGUAUGUAUCCUCAGCAUAAUGGCAAAGCUGAUGGAACUGAAACUACAGCGAAUACAGACCAGAAACUCAUGUACCAUCGCUUGGGUACUCCACAAUCAGCUGAUAUCUUGUGUUCUGAACGCCCAGAUCAACCUACUUGGUCUAUUCAAGGAGAGGUUUCUGAUUGUGGACGUUAUCUAAUGGUCACUUUGUAUGAUGGUUGCGAACCUAACAACCAACUUUUCUAUUGCGAUCUUGGAAAUAUUGAUUGGAACACCACAGAAAAGCUUAAUUUGAUUCCUGUUGUGGAUCACUUCGAAGCUGUUUACGAAUAUGUGACAAACGAAGGCGAUUCAUUCGUAUUCCGUACUAACUUAGAUGCUCCAAUGUACAAAAUCAUCAGAAUCAAUUUUGCCAAUCUUGAUCGUAAAUAUUGGGAAGAUGUCAUACCUCACAAUUCAGGAUCCCUACUGGAAAAUGCAGUGUGUGUAAACAAAGACAAGUUGAUAGUUUGCCACUUAAAAGAUGUAAAGAGCUGUUUGUCAGUACACAAACUUCUAACAGGGGAGAAAAUAUUGGAUAUCGAUAUACCCGUUGGAUAUGUGGCUAAUGUUUCCGGAAGAAAACGUGAUAAUGAGGCUUUUAUUCACUUCACAUCUUUCCUCACACCUGGAAUAAUCUAUGCCUAUGAUUUUUUGCAGUCGCAUCCAAAGUUACAGGUUAUUCGUGAAUCAAAAGUUCGAGAUGUGAACUUAGAUCAGUUUGAAGUGAAACAAGUAUUCUACAAGAGUAAAGACAAUACAAAUAUUCCUAUGUUCCUUGUUUUACCUAAAAACUUUCAUCGAGAUGGGUCGACACCAUGUCAGCUUUAUGGCUAUGGUGGAUUUAAUAUAUCUAUUACUCCGUCUUUCUCUGUAGCCCGACUUUUAUUUUUGCUACACUUUGGUGGUAUUGUCUCUGUGGCCAAUAUACGCGGUGGAGGAGAGUAUGGUAAGCCUUGGCAUGAUGCUGGACGUCGACGAAAUAAACAGAAUUCAUUUGAUGACUUCCAGUCAGCAGCUGAAUAUCUCAUUAGAGAGAAGUACACAAAUAACCAAAAAUUAUAUAUUCAAGGUGGAAGUAAUGGAGGCCUCCUGGUGUCUGCUUGCUGCAAUCAAAGACCAGAUUUAUUCGGUGCUGCUAUUGCCCAAGUUCCUGUUUGCGAUCUGGUUAGAUUCCACAAAUUUACUAUUGGUCAUGCUUGGAUAAGUGACUUUGGUGAUCCUGAUUGCGAAGAAGAUUUUCGUUACUUAAUAAAAUUAUCACCACUCCACAAUGUUAAAGUUCCAUCUAACCCAAGUGUACAAUAUCCAGCGUUAUUGGUUUUGACUGCAGAUCACGAUGAUCGUGUAGUCCCGUUACACUCAUUCAAAUUUAUCUCAACAUUACAAGAGAUACUGUGUCGAUGUGAAAACAGCCGACAGACAAACCCCAUUCUCGCUCGAAUAGAAUCGAAAGCUGGGCAUGGACAGGGGAAACCAACAUCAAAAUCAAUUGACGAAGUGGUGGAUAUAUACGCGUUCCUACAGACAGCGAUCUCACUCACAUGGAAGGAUUGA